CAAAGCGAGCCAGGGCAGCGGCCGGAGCCAGCGCCGAGCCCCUGCUUCGGGCUGCCCCCGCUUGGCCUCUGCUCCUUCUGGCCCCCCAAAACCCUCUCCCUGCACCCCGACUAUGCUAAAUGUUGCUGGGGAGCUCUCAGGAGACUCUUGGGGGAUCUUCACGUUCCUUUGUGCCGCGCUCUGUAACCUGCCUGCGCUGCCGGCGCUGAACUGCACCGAGGAGCUGGGCCCCGGCCACUCCAUCCAGAAGACCUACGACCUGACCCGCUACCUGGAGCACCAGCUCCGCACCCUCGCCGGCACCUACCUGAACUACCUGGGCCCCCCAUUCAAUGAGCCCGACUUCAACCCCCCGCGCCUGGCCCGAGCCGAGCGGGUGCCCAGCGCCACGGUGGACCUGGAGCUGUGGCGCGGCCUGACCGACAACGCUCGCCUGGCCGCCAACUACCGCGCCUACAGCCGCGUGCUGUGCUCGCUGCGGGCGCUGGACGCGCAGGGCACGGCCGAGCUCCGCCAUCGCCUCGGCCACUUCUGCUCCAGCCUGCAGGGGCUGGUGCUGAGCAUCGCGGGGGUCAUGUCCUCCCUCGGGUACCCGCUGCCCGCCGGGCCCCCGGCGCAGCCGCCGGCGCAAGCCGGUGCCGCGGCCACCAAUGACUUCCUGAAGAAGAUGGAUGACUUCUGGCUGCUGAAGGAGCUGCAGACCUGGUUGUGGCGCUCGGCCAAGGACUUCAACCGGCUCAAGAAGAAGGUGCCGCCCGCGGUGGUGACGCUGAGGAUGGAGGCCAGGGGGUUCUGAGGUGCUGGGGUGCGGAUGGGGCUCAUCAGCACUGUGGGG